AUGGAUAUGGAUGUUUCUCCUGGUGACAUAGCAGCGAGUCUCUGCUUGCAGGUACCCCGCGGAGGAUGCAAAGACCCCGUGAAGUCAUGGACCCUGGCAUGUCAGCCAGGGGGGCCAGGAACCCAGAGGGCAGCUUUAGGACCACAUGAAGAGGCUUUGCUGGAAAAUGGCACUCACAUCAUGGAGAGGCAUCGGCCUAUCACCAGCAAGGAAGGCUCCUGGUCCUCAGAGCUACGAGUUGAAAAGAGGAUGCUUGGCUCCUUAGGCCCCAACACCAGCUACUGGCCUGAGUCUAACUGGACAUCCCCACAGGAGUUUGUUAUCCUGGGCUUCUCUGGGUGGCCACAGGGCCUUCGCAUGCUGCUCUUUGCCCUCCUGCUGCCACUCUACUUGGCCACCCUGGCGGGGAACCUGCUCAUCCUGGGCCUAGCCCUGGCAGAGCCUUCCCUCCACACACCCAUGUACUUCUUCCUGGGUGCACUGUCCACGGUGGAGGUGGCUUACACCCUGGUCCUCACCCCGCGAAUGCUGGCUGGCUUCCUCCUGCCUCCAGGUGGCCAGGCUGUGGCCCCCUCCACCUGUGCUGCCCAGAUGGGCCUUUUUGUAGCUCUGGGAGGCUCUGAGUGUCUAUUGCUGGCAGCUAUGGCCUUGGACCGCUACCUGGCCAUCUGCCACCCACUCUACUACCCUCAGCUCAUGACCACAGGGCUCUGCUGGGGCCUCCUGGCCUCCUGCUGUAUGGGUGGCUCUGUCUUGGCCUUAGGUCUCACCACUGCCAUAUUCCAGCUGCCCUUCUGCCGAGGUGGUCUUGUCAACCAUGUCUUCUGUGACCUCCCCGCGGUGCUGGUGCUGGCCUGUGGGAACAGGGACCUGCAGGAGCAUGUGCUUCUGGUGGCCUGCCUGCUGCUGCUGGUGCUCCCGCUCAUCCUCAUCCUGCUAUCCUACACCAGGGUGCUGGUGGUGAUCCUGGGAGUGGGGGACACAGCCGGACGCCGCAAAGCCUUCAACACAGUGGCGUCCCACCUCACAGUAGCCGUCCUCCACUAUGGCUGCGCCACGGCCAUGUACGCCAGACCCCUGAGAAGCCGUUCCUUGGAGGAGGACAAAUUGGUGUCGCUCAUCUAUAUCAACCUCACACCACUGCUCUACCCGGCCAUCUACACACUUCGCAAUCGGGACAUGCAGGGCGCCCUGCAACGGGUAGUCAGCCACAGGAUGGGCCACGACACGGAUCUCACCUAA